GGAGUCUCUGGUACUGCAAACCCACAGCCUGGACUCAGAGCUCAAGUCUGAACUCUACCUCCAGACAGAAUGAAGUUCAUCUCGACAUCUCUGCUUCUCAUGCUGCUGAUCAGCAGCCUCUCUCCAGUCCAAGGUGUUCUGGAGGUCUAUUACACAAGCUUGAGGUGUAGAUGUGUCCAAGAGAGCUCAGUCUUUAUCCCUAGACGCUUCAUUGAUCGAAUUCAAAUCUUGCCCCGUGGGAAUGGUUGUCCAAGAAAAGAAAUCAUAGUCUGGAAGAAGAACAAGUCAAUUGUGUGUGUGGACCCUCAAGCUGAAUGGAUACAAAGAAUGAUGGAAGUAUUGAGAAAAAGAAGUUCUUCAACUCUACCAGUUCCAGUGUUUAAGAGAAAGAUUCCCUGAUGCUGAUAUUUCCACUAAGAACACCUGCAUUCUUCCCUUAUCCCUGCUCUGGAUUUUAGUUUUGUGCUUAGUUAAAUCUUUUCCAGGAAAAAGAACUUCCCCAUACAAAUAAGCAUGAGACUAUGUAAAAAUAACCUUGCAGAAGCCGAUGGGGCAAACUCAAGCUUCUUCACUCACAGCACCCUAUAUACACUUCGAGUUUGCAUUCUUAUUCAUUAGGGAGGAAAGUUUCUUUGAAAAUAGUAAUUCAGUUAUAAGUAAUACAGGAUUAUUUUGAUUAUAUACUUGUUGUUUAAUGUUUAAAAUUUCUUAGAAAACAAUGGAAUGAGAAUUUAAGCCUCAAAUUUGAACAUGUGGCUUGAAUUAAGAAGAAAAUUAUGGCAUAUAUUAAAAGCAGGCUUCCAUGAAAGACUCAAAAAGCUGCCUGGGAGGCAGAUGGAACUUGAGCCUGUCAAGAGGCAAAGGAAUCCAUGUAGUAGAUAUCUUCUGCUUAAAAACUCACUACGGAGGAGAAUUAAGUCCUACUUUUAAAGAAUUUCUUCAUAAAAUUUACUGUCUAAGAUUAAUAGCAUUCGAAGAUCCCCAGACUUCAUAGAAUACUCAGGGAAAGCAUUUAAAGGGUGAUGUACACAUGUAUCCUUUCACACAUUUGCCUUGACAAACUUCUUUCACUCACAUCUUUUUCACUGACUUUUUUUGUGGGGGGCAGGGCGGGGGGACUCUGGUAUCUAAUUCUUUAAUGAUUCCUAUAAAUCUAAUGACAUUCAAUAAAGUUGAGCAAACGUUUUACUUAA